AUUUUUUCAUAAUUUUUUUCAUUGUAUAUAGGUAAAAAUAGGUAAAAAUGUAAUACAAUCUUAAAGUAGUCGCAAUCGGACGGCGAUACGGAAUCGACAAGGUGCCUCGAGCGAUGUUUAGCGAUCUUCGCCAUCGCAUUAUAUCGUGUAGUAUGCAAAGUGGCGCGUACUUCCUUUCCCUCAGGCAACUCCAAAGUGCGGCUAUAACAGUGUAUUUACAAUGUAGCAAGAAAGUCGCGCGAGCAAAUCCCACGACAGAUAAUGAGGAGAAGCGCUGGGUCUUCUUCGCGUAUGCACUUCUCGUCGUAUAGCGCAUGCAUAAUGUAGAGUUGCUCGUAGUUACGUCAGUGACUGAUAGCGAUAUUGCCCGCGAUACGUAUCACCAUCUCGUCACUUUAAAGCUUGACGCACUUCUACUGUGGGGAAAUAUGCUAUCUAGGCUUUUCGACGCGGUGUUUCAGCCCGAGAUGUUUAUGACCCUUCGAUGCUAGCGUUCGAUUUUGCAUUUCGGCAACUUUUCUUGAGAUUUCAUUCUCUCCCAAGGAUGAUAAAUAAACGACGCUAAUUAUAUUAUAUAUUCGCGAUGGACUCACAUAUCUUUGAUGUGGAUUUAUCUUUAUUUCUCUUUAAAGUCUCUUAGUUCAUGGAAUCCUAUAUUUUAUUACUGCUACGUUUUACUAUCACAUUGAUGAUAUAAAGGAUAUAGAAAUCCUUUAUGACAAAGUGAAUUUAUUUUAUUCGGUUGAGCUUAAAUUUUUCCUGUUGUUAAACCUAUGUAGACUGAAUUGUUCAAUUCUUCGAUUCUUGUGAAACAUGUAACUCGUCAGAACUUAGAGAUAAAUUUAUUAUGACAUUUAUAUUUUUUACGAAAUCGAUUUGCAAACAGAUCUUCGUCGAAGAUGGAAGAGAACGGACGCGGGGAAACAUUGUGCAAAGUCUGCGGGGACAAGGCCUCGGGGAAACAUUAUGGCGUGCCAAGUUGCGACGGAUGUCGGGGUUUCUUCAAGCGGUCUAUCCGCAGAAAUCUGGAUUACGUGUGCAAAGAGAACGGGCGCUGCAUCGUGGAUGUAUCACGGCGCAACCAGUGCCAAGCCUGCGUUUUUACGAAGUGUCUUCAGGUCAACAUGAAACGAGACGCUGUACAACACGAAAGAGCCCCGAGAAGCACGUCGUCUCUCGUUGCAGCGGCGAGGAGGACCUCUUCGGGGCUUUACACGGGUAUCCCUAAUGUCUAUCAUCCUGCGAGCAGCACCUAUCACCCUCUCUUAUAUCCCGCAUUAUUCCCCUUCAAACCCACGGUACCAACGUUCACCCCGUCAGUCGCGCAUUUUUUGCCACGACCGUCCUCGGAAUCUUUGUCUAUGACUACCGCCAAGGAAGACGAAGUUACGAGUUCCGAGGAAGCGGCUACCGUCGAUGUCAGGAUCGAAUCGAAAGGGGAACUAGUAAGUACCCGUCUGGCACCGCCGAUUAUCACUUCCGUCUCAUCGGAAUACACCAUGCAAAGUUUAUCUCUCCUGCCGACUGAAAAUAUCUACGAGUUCGCGGCGAAGUUACUUUUCUUCGCCGUGAGAUGGGCGAGAAGUAUACAUUCUUUUCUGCAACUUCCCUAUAGAGACCAAACUAUCCUUCUGGAAGAGUCGUGGAGUGAGUUGUUUGUACUAACAGCCGCGCAAUGGAACUUUCCUGUGGACGAGACCACCCUAGUACCCGUGGAUCUGCCGAUGGAACGGAGGGAGGUUCUUCUUGAUAAAGCGAGAAGGCUGAGGGAGCUAUUAGCGAAGUGCGCCGCGCUGAGGGUGGAUCAUUCGGAAUACGCGUGCUUGAAGGCCAUAGUUCUCUUCAAGGCAGAGUCGCGAAAUCUCUGCGAGCCGGGGCGAGUGUCGGCGCUGCAGGAGCAGACGGUGGCGGUGUUCUGUGAGAGGGAUGCGCGCAGAGUCGGUCGAUUGCUGCUGCUCUUACCACCGGCGCGUGCACUCUGCCGUGCCACCCUGCACGAACUUUUGUUUAAGUCGACGGUCGGCGAUGUCAGCGUGGAGCGACUGUUGGGCGACAUGGUUGGCGCCCUCAAGCCCACCUAACUGCUGGCACUCGUGCUGCUCCUGCGAUAUCCGUGCGUUUUACCGACACCCCUUUAUCGGUGAUGCCGAAACUCGAACGAAGGAUAAUCAUCGGGGGUUGAGAUUAAAUGCAUCUCUCUCACAUCAUAAAAUUGUAAGAGAUAGAUACGUA